CAACCAACUACUAUGUCAUCAGAUAGUGAUGUUUCUUUGUCUACUUAUGAUGAGUCCUCAGGAUCAAAACUUGCCCAAAAAGCUAAGGAGGCACCAUUUGUCCCAAUUGGAAUAGCAGGUUUUGCAGCUAUUGUUGCAUAUGGAUUAUACAAAUUGGAGAGCGGAGGGAUUACUAAAAUGUCUGUCCACCUGAUUCACAUGCGUUUGGGAGCUCAAGGCUUUGUAGUAGGAGCAAUGACUGUUGGUAUGUUGUAUUCCAUGUUUCAGGAAUACUGGGCCAAACCCAAACCUUAGGAAGAAAGAUGGUGUCUUCAUGCUGAUGAUGUUUUAUAGAGCUGGAUACCUCACAUUGAGGUUAUUUAUGUUAAAAAAUCAUUUAGGGGUAUGUGGUUCUAAAAAGCAGCACAUGUCAGACACAAUCAUGAUGUUUUAAAGAUUGGAUUUUUUUUUUCAUGGAGAUUUUACUGUUUCCCAAGUAAUGCAAAGCCUUCUAUCUAAGCGUUUAUUAGGAGAGCUAAGUUAGUUCAAAAUGAACUAGUCAUUGAAAUUUCUUUGGAUGAUAUGUUAUAUUCAGGUUCCCCAAGUCUUAAAAAAUUAAUGCUCCAAGUAGCUCCUAUUGCUUUAACAUGUGGCCUAUUUUGGGAUCUAAUAUGGGAACUUCUU